AUGGAGAGUUCACUACAUGAUCUGUACGCGAGCGAGUCUCUUGCUGCAAGCAGCACGGGUGGCGUAAUUCCCACCCUAUCUGAUAUCGCCGCAGACCAAGCCACCCCCACUCCUACCGCAAGAGACGGCAGGGAUAGUGCACACUACAACACUGACGAACAAACGUACAGAGGGAGUUUGGCGGCAUUAUUUGAUGCUUUUGUGGAACGCUUGCAGGGGACAUUUUCUCUCUCAAGCCAAGCGCGGACAUCUUCGUCCACUGUUUCGAUGCCACUGACCACCAACACCCCUGUCAUUUCCCGAGAGAGCGAGGAGGAGAAUGAAGCGCAAGCAAUGGAUUCUUCGAGUUCUACUGAUCCAGCCGAUUCCCCGAAUGGCUCCCAACCUUUUGCCACUACGGAAUUUACCACUCCACCCACCACUUUUACGUCACCACAACCAGAGCCCGAGGUGCCGAACUUGGAAGGAGAUGAUACGCUCCAGGAGAGUGGCGAAAGCGCUAGCCCCAAUUCCCACUUUUUCCUUUACAUUCCCCAGUCCGUCUCACCGUUUCAAUUUGGGUUUUUUUACGAUGCGGCAACAAGCCUAGCGUGGCCCAUUUUGGAGCGGCGUGCGACCACGGACAAUGCGAACGAAGAGCAUGAUGCCCCCCAUGUACUUGGCCAUCCAUUCCGGCUGUCAUUUAGCUUGCACACGGAACCUCCUGAAAAACCAGAUCCCCAAAAAGCAGCCGCUUUUGUGCACGCCCUCGAGCAUGUCGAUGAAGAGCUUCGUUCGCGCAUGGGGCGGCUUGGCCUCAGUGACAUUGGCUUAUAUGGGGCUGUGGAUGAGGACAAUGUGGAUGGCCCCGCUGUUGGCUGUGGAAUUUGCCUCGAAGUAUAUCCGAAAGAGGAUACACCCGCAUGGUUUGCAGGGCACCAAAACGCUGAAGAUCAGGCUGUGGUAGUUAUUCCGUGUGCAGGGUGCCACACUGCGCAUGCAUCGUGUCUGCGCUCCUGGCUAGCGAACAAGGUACCGAGCCAGUGGACCUGUCCUUUUUGUCGUGCGCCACUCACGAGCGGAACACAAGACGACGACUCGAUGAAACCGGCGUUGCGCGAAGUUAGCAGCCUCUUACUCCGCAUCAAGACACAGUAG